CUAGUUAUAAUUUAUUUAUAAAUUCAAAAGGUUGUGAAUCGGGUUACAGGAUCCAGGUAAUUACAGAUUCGCCAGACCAAAUCUCCGCCAUAUCGAAAAACAAAGAUAUGCAGAAGAGAGAGCAGGGCAAAUCAGGUGGCUCGGGGGGUGGCAACGCCGCACCUCCGCCGAAGAGAGGCCGACCAUUUGGAAGCACAGCUGCUAGCGUAGCCUCCGCCUCCGCUGCUGAUUCAGUGGCUCCGUCCACUCUCCUCGGCCCUUCUCUUCAAAUCCACAACUCCUUCUCUGUAGAGCAGAACAAUAAAAGGAUAGUUCUAGCACUUCAAAGUGGGUUGAAGAGUGAGUUAACUUGGGCUCUGAAUACUCUCACAUUGCUCUCUUUUAAAGAGAAAGAUGAUAUGCGUAAAGAUGCCUGCUUGGCCAAAAUACCCGGCUUGCUCGAUGCUCUUCUCCAAAUUAUAGAUGAUUGGCGUGAUAUAGCCCUGCCUAAGGAACUUAGAAAGGGACAAAGGACUAGAACAUUGGGUGCAAAUUCUGUCGUAACAGGAUUUGGCAACGAGUAUGAGGCAUUGGGAUCGAUUGCCUUGCUACCACAGUCGGGAUUGGGGCCAGGUUCUGCUGCUGAAAUAUCAGGACAAAAGAAUACCAGUAAACGACGCCGUUCUGAGUGGUGGCUUGACGAAGAUGGUCUAUUUAAUCUAGAUGAUGAGGGUCGAGCUGAAAAACAGCAGUGUGCCGUUGCUGCUUCUAAUAUUAUACGCAACUUUUCUUUCAUGCCAGAGAAUGAAAUUGCUAUGGCUCAACAUAGGCAUUGCUUGGAAACUGUUUUUCAGUGUAUAGAAGAUCACAUUGUAGAGGAUGAGGAACUUGUCACAAAUGCCAUUGAGACAAUUGUUAAUUUGGCUCCCUUGCUUGACCUUCGGAUUUUCAGUUCACCAAAGCCAUCUUACAUUAAAAUAACCGAAAAACGUGCAGUUCAAGCUAUAAUGGGGAUGCUAGGAUCUCAAGUCAAAGCCUGGCACUGUGCAGCUGCAGAAUUUCUUGGGCGCAUGAUUAUAAACCCUGAUAAUGAACCCCUCCUCCUUCCUUUUGUUCCUCAGAUUUACAAGCGUUUAGUAGAUAUUUUGAGCUUGCAGGCAUUUGAUGCCCAAGCUGCUGCCAUUGGUGCACUCUAUAACCUUGUCGAUGUCAAUAUGGACUGCAGGUUGAAGCUUGCUAGUGAGAGAUGGGCUGUUGAUCGUAUACUGAAAGUGAUAAAGACUCCGCAUCCAGUGCCAGAAGUUUGCCGGAAAGCUGCAAUGAUAAUAGAGCACCUUGCAUCUGAUCCUCAGAACCGGACAUCACUGCUAGCUUAUGAAAAUGCUUUUGCAGAGAUACUUUUUUCAGAUGGUAGACAUUCUGAUACCUUUGCAAGGAUUUUGUUUGAGCUGACUUCAAAACCGAACAACAAGAUUGCAGCAGCUCGUGGAAUUUGGGGCAUGUAAUCAAGACAAUACACUUUCAGUGGUUCAACUCUAAUUAAGUGGACUGUUAUAUCAGGACAUGGACCCUAAACUGACGGGUACGUACUGGCUAUAUUUAGAUUUAGACUAAUCAUUAUUUAUGUUGUGCUUGUGAUUCUGUAAUGUAUUAAAAGUUUUAAACCUCAUGAAGCUACCUUUGAAGCCGCUUGGUGUAUUGAUUGUAGUAUUUUCUUGAUAAUAACUGAAAUUUAUAUAAAACCAAUGUUGUGCAA